AUGCCAGGCAUCCCCUCGAAACCCAACAACAUUCCCUUGGCCUCGUCACUUCCCAAGGUCAGCUUUCGCAAAGUGCCACCAGAGGAAGCACUCCUCUUUCGCAUACCUCCGGGCUUUAUCGACGCACAAGCUCUUCCUUUUGGCUACAAUGACGGCUCCGAGUACGAUAAACCCGACCAUUAUAUCCGCUACGUCGAGCCGAUCGAGGGCGACCUCAAGAAGCAGGUCGAGUAUGACAUGGACGAGCAGGAUCAAGAGUGGCUCGACGCUUUCAACUACGAGAGGCGCAAGGAAGGUCUCGACUCGAUAUCAUACGAGAUUUUUGAGAUCAUCCUCGACCAGCUUGAAAAGGAGUGGUUCGAUCUCAUGAAGCGCAUCCCUCCCAAAGCGCGCCAUAGCGCCGCCACCGAGGUCGCAGCCGAAGGUGCAGACGCCGACGACGCAGAUUCGGAAGGUGGUGACGACAGCAAGUGCGCUAUCUGUGACGAUGGCGAGUGCGAAAACUCAAACGCCAUCGUCUUUUGCGAUGGCUGCAAUCUCGCCGUCCAUCAAGACUGCUAUGGCAUCCCCUACAUCCCCGAGGGCCAGUGGCUCUGCCGCAAAUGCACCGUCUCACCCGACCGUGCUGUCUCGUGCAUACUCUGCCCCCACGAAGGCGGAGCUUUCAAGCAGACCACCACCGGAAAGUGGGCCCACCUCCUCUGCGCAAUGUGGAUCCCAGAGACUGGCGUCAGCAAUCCCGUCUACAUGGAACCCAUCGACAGUGUAGAGCGCAUUCCUAAGGCAAGAUGGAAGCUGCAGUGCUACCUCUGCAGGUACCGCAUGGGUGCUUGCAUCCAGUGCGACAACCGCUCUUGCUUCACCGCCUUCCACGUCACUUGUGCUCGCAAGGCUGGCCUUCUUUUCCGCACCGAACGCACCCGCGUCUCGCAUCACCUCUACGACGAUUCGGACAACAGCGAUGACGAGGGCUCCGAGGUGUUGCGUGCCUGCUGUCAUCGGCAUAUGCCCGCCGACCUGAGGCACCAAUUCAAGAUCGACUUUGGUCGGCAAGCUGCAUUGGAAGACGACCGUUCCGAGGCUUCCUACCGCGCAUCGCCCUUUGUCUCUUCACGCACUCGCGAGCUUUCCGUCGAGUCCGGCAAGGGAGCACCCCUGAUCUCGGUCAGUCGUCGCAGCUCUCUGGUCGGCAGCAACGAGAGCGCAACCGCCACCAGUGAUCCGAGAAGCACGUCCAAGUCAGCUCGUGCCUACAAGAAGAGCUUCAAGGCGGGUCCUCCCCUCGUCCCCGCUUACAUUGCCAAUCGCGUGCUCGAAUACAUCACCAAGGUCCAGCUUCGCAAAAAGGCCACCGUCGUUCAACUCAUCGCCCGCUACUGGUCGCUCAAGCGCGAGGCUCGUCGAGGCGCACCCCUCCUCAAACGUCUACACCUCGAGCCUUGGACCGCCUCGUCGCAAAACAAAGAGCAGACCGACGCUCAAAAGGCCAAAAAGCUCCACUUCCUUCGCAGUAUUCGCGAGGAUCUCGAACGCGUCCGCAUGCUUGUCGAACAGGUCCGCAAACGCGAAAAGGAAAAACUGCGCCAAGCGCAAGAGAUCCGCAACUCGCUGAUAGAGCCUGUGCUAUUCCCCUUCCAUACUGAUCUGCGCGCCGCCAUCGCCAAGCUUGAAGCGGUUGAUCGCUACGGUUUCUUUGCGCAACCUGUGUCCAAAGUUGAUGUACCGGACUACUACGACAUUGUCAAGGACCCUAUGGACUGGGCUACCAUCAAGGACAAGAUCGCCCACAAAGCAUACGACACGGUCGAAGAGAUACGCCAGGACGUACUCAUGAUUGCUACCAACGCCAUGACAUACAACAAGGCAGAUACCCCUUACCACAAAGCCGCUUCCAAAAUCCUCAAGAUGAUACCCGAGGUGUUUAAGGAGUUGGCAGCAAUCGAGACGUCUCAUCUCGUCUACCAUCAACAGAAGCGAGUGCAAGCGGAACCAACGACGGACACAGACAGUAAGGAAGGUAGCAGAAAACAUGCCUUUGUGACUUCAGACACGUCGAACAAGCAGAUUUACACGAUAGACGCCGAAAGUCGACGCCAACUGAUCGAGCUCGGGCUCGAGCCCCCAUCAGACCUGGUGUCGCUGCUUCGAGACUAUUGCCUCAUGGAAGAGGAAGAGCAAUUGCAGAUCCGACAGCAAGCGUACAAUACGCAUCCCAUGCCACCGACCACGCACGUCAAGGCAGAAGAGCACGGCCAUGCGGACAAUCAGGCAGAUCCCACAGCUUCGCAACGCCGCAGGCUUACCGCGCCUGUGAUGAAUCUUAUGGAAGACUUUGUUCAACAACUCUACGUUCCACCGCCCCGGCCUGCGCCGGUGGAACGGGAUUCGCUCCCCGGAUCAGCAAAUGGCAAGCGUUCCGCUAGGAUGUCCGCAGCAGUACCAGCCGAGAAGACGUCAGUGAGGGCAGCACGCAAGCGUAACCCUUCUGAUAGUCAGCCAAAAGAGCCGGUCGAGAGAAGAAGCACGCGCCGCUCUAUCGCGGCUGAAACUGAAGCCGAAGUCAAGUCGGAACAGGCAAUCGCAGAAGCAUUACCUGCAACACCUGUGCGUAGCCGACGCCGAAGUACACAGAGUUCAGCCCAUGCAGCAUCGACUGAGCAUAUCGAUGCACAAAGCGAUGCAAGACCGCAAUCAUCGUCAAUGCAAACGUCAUUGUCGCAGACAUCCGCCAAGACGCAAGACGGUGUCCAAGUCAAAGCGGAUGUGGGUGCGCACGACUCGUUCCUCCUGUUCAACACUGGUUGGGUGCUUCCUGAGGGCUCGAAACGCCAUCGCAGCAGCGCUGCGCGACCGGAAAUGAUUGGGCAGCGACCGCGCAAAAUCUCGGCACCAGAGUCGCCUGUCGCCUUUGGGGCGAGUCGCGCUGCUAAAUCCUCUUCGCCGACAACUCCUCAGCAGCGCCCGAGAUCGCGCACUGCGCCGUCGACGGAUCCUCGCUCAGUGCCAGCAUCAUCGACAGCGAAGGCAAAGGAUUCGAGCAGUACACGAAAAGAGGCAGGUUCGAAACCAGACAGGAGGAAUAGCAAGGACACUGAUCGGGCGGCCAGUUCGCCACUGACCACAGACGAUGAAGGCGAGAAGCAUGCAGGUGCUCAAUCGGCGAGAAAGCCAAACAGACUGAAGCGCAACCGUGGAGAAGAGCUGAGCGCCGCUUCGCAAGCUGGUUCUGAAGCCGCCUCUAACGAGACAGCCAGUACAACGCGGCGUAGCGCUCGUCAAGCCACCUCUCUGAUUGAUCCGUCCGCUUCUCCCCCCGCUGCCAAACGACGGCGUGCGGAGUGCAAAGUGUCUCGGUCGAAAGAAGCGUUCGACUACGUCACGCAUCCUCCAGCGGCAGGCACAAAGGUGUGGGCUAAAGUGGAAACGUUUCCUCACUUUCCGGCAAUUGUCAUUCGAGACAAGACCGACCUGCCCGGUGAAAUGUUGCGAACCCAGCCGGAGGACGAGAGCAUGGUGGCGGUGAGAUUCUUUGGUAAGCAGACAAGCUACGGCUGGAUCACGCCUCUGAAGUUGGCGCCGUUGUUGAUGGAUGAGAGCGAGGAUGAAAAGUACCUCAAGCUUGCUGCUAAGAAGGGUAAGACGAAGCAGGUGAGGGAUGCGUAUGAAGAUGCCAAGUCGUACUAG